CGCCACCGGAAAUCAAAACCAGAAACAACAUAUCAUCCGCUUUACUUCUUUUUAAUUAUGAAAAUAUUAUUUAAACCCUGAAAAGAAAAAUCCCAAAAUAUCACUGAUAGUCUUUCUUCUCUCAAUCGGGUUCGGUAACUAUCAUCUGUUUCAGAAGCUUUUAAUAUCGCUUCAGAUUUUUUCAAUUUUCACCUUGUUUUGGGUAACACCAAAUGGCUGGUAGAAAUCGUAUUCCUCGUGAAGCUUAUAAUGACCGACGUGGGUUCCCCCCUGAAAGAGCUUUCAUUCGUGGCCCUCCUUUGCCACAGCCACGCCCCCAUCCUGCUUUACUGGAGGAAGAACUUGAAUUGCAGCAUGCUGAAAUCCAGAGACUCUUGAGUGAUAACCGUCGGCUGGUUGAAGAUCGAAUGGCUAUGCAGCGAGAACUUGCUGCUGCUAAGGAGGAGCUUCAUCGAAUGAAUAUGGUCAUUGCUGAAAUGCGUACAGAGCAAGAAGUGCACUUGAGGGAACUUGUGGAGAAAGGAUUGAAGCUAGAAGCAGAUCUUCGUGCAACUGAGCCUUUGAAAAAGGAGGCUGUACAACUCCGUUCUGAAAUUCAAAAGCUGAAUAAUACUAGGAAUGAACUCAGCGGACAAGUUCAGACCCUCCAGAAAGAUCUUGCAAAAUCGCAAGCUGAUAAUCAACAGAUUCCUCGUUUACGGGCAGAAGUUGACGGCCUGCACCAGGAGCUUCUGCAUGCUAGAGCUGCUGCUGAUUAUGAAAAGAAAGCAAACAUUGAGCUGGUAGAGCAGAGACAGGCAAUGGAGAAGAAUUUGGUUUCCAUGGCUCGUGAAGUUGAAAAGUUACGUGCUGAACUUGCUAGCGUUGACAGUAGACCAUGGGUUGCUGGUGGACCAUAUGGGAUGAAUUUCAGCAGUUCAGAGGGGGCUUUUCCUGGUCCGUAUGAAGAUGGAUAUGCAGUUCAUCGGGGUGUUACUGACAAAGGGCCUAUCUAUGGCCCGGGUCCGGUUUCAUGGGAGAAACCUCGAAUGAGUCGUCGUUAGGGUCUGGUUGCUUGUUGCUGGAAUUGUGGAAAUGCUAAGUUUGUCCAUUUUGGUUGCCCCACCAUGGAGUCCAAAUUGUAAACCAGAAAGAAGUAUAAUCAUGGUUUUUUUCAUUCCAUAUAAAUAUCGAUUUAUAUGAAUGCAGUGCUAGUCACCCAAAACUGGAUUCUAUAUGAUUUUAAUGUUGCUUUGCUUUAAUUAAUAGAGACCUUUGUUUUUCAUUUCA